GGCUAAAUUGUACACCACCUGCGAUAGAGGACUUCCCGCCAGACUUGUUUACCGUGGAGCAGCGGCAGAACGGGGCCAUAGUGUUACACGCACUCGCUAGUUUAUAUUUAUUUGUAGCUUUGGCUGUAGUAUGUGAUAAGUAUUUUGUACCUGCCGUCGAAAAAAUAUGCCAUGCGCUUAACAUGUCCAACGACGUGGCCGGGGCGACGUUUAUGGCGGCGGCGACGUCGGCGCCUGAACUGUUUGUGAACGUAAUCGGGACGUUUAUCACCGAGGGAGAUAUCGGUGUCGGCACCAUAGUGGGGUCCGCAGUUUUCAAUAUCCUAGCGGUGGCUGCCUGCUGUGGGAUCGGUGCCGGGAUGGUAGUUCCCCUGGACUGGUGGCCUCUAACGAGGGAUUGCUUGGCGUACGGAAUUACGGUGGCAAUCCUGAUCUGCAUCAUCCAUGACGAGCGGGUCGAAUGGUACGAAGCGCUGAUACUGGUGCUGCUGUAUAUCGUGUACAUUGCCGUUAUGUACUACGAUAAAGCGUUUCAAAAAUGUGCUCGAGAUGGAGUCAAGCACGCUCGUAAUCGUAGGUCACAGGAUGCAACUAGUAGUCUGAAGUCAGUCUCCAGCAGAGAGCAAGAGGCGGUUGAAGUGCAUCUUCCGUUGCGAAUCAGCCACUUCCAGCAGAACGGUAAUUUGAAGAACGUUACCCAUAUCGACUCGAGCAACAAUGAAUUGACGUCAUCGGAUCUGGAGAUGCAAAUUAGAGCGAUCAGUGCCGGUCGGGGAGGUGGAACAGUGGGAGCACCUGCCGUGGCACUUGCUGCAGCGACCGCACUCAGUGAUCAGCAGCAGCAGCAGCACCAACAGCACCAAAUUAAACAUCGUCACAGUGCGGGUAGUUUGAACGGUACUGCGAGUAUUGAUGAUAAUGACCAACCACCUCCACCACCAAGUCCUACAACACCGGCCCUGUCGUCGGAUAGUGCUGAUUCGGUGAAGCAAUCGCUAAACGGAGAACGAUCUGCCAAGGAUCCGGUGGCGGCGGAAAACGGAACGACCGGAGCGGAUCAGGUGGACGAUGAGAAGGAUGAGGAAUUUCAGCUAUUAAAGUAUCCCUCAAAGCAGAGCAAGUUUCGCCAGUUUUCAUGGAUUAUCACGUGGCCGAUUUAUUUGCUGUUUGUUUUCACCAUUCCAAACUGCGAGAAGCCACGGUUCAAGAAUUGGUUCCCGAUGACCUUCUUCAUGUGCAUCGUUUGGAUCGGCUCACUGUCGUAUGUGGUCGCUUGGAUGAUUACAAUCAUUGAUUUGAAGAACGUUACCCAUAUCGACUCGAGCAACAAUGAAUUGACGUCAUCGGAUCUGGAGAUGCAAAUUAGAGCGAUCAGUGCCGGUCGGGGAGGUGGAACAGUGGGAGCACCUGCCGUGGCACUUGCUGCAGCGACCGCACUCAGUGAUCAGCAGCAGCAGCAGCACCAACAGCACCAAAUUAAACAUCGUCACAGUGCGGGUAGUUUGAACGGUACUGCGAGUAUUGAUGAUAAUGACCAACCACCUCCACCACCAAGUCCUACAACACCGGCCCUGUCGUCGGAUAGUGCUGAUUCGGUGAAGCAAUCGCUAAACGGAGAACGAUCUGCCAAGGAUCCGGUGGCGGCGGAAAACGGAACGACCGGAGCGGAUCAGGUGGACGAUGAGAAGGAUGAGGAAUUUCAGCUAUUAAAGUAUCCCUCAAAGCAGAGCAAGUUUCGCCAGUUUUCAUGGAUUAUCACGUGGCCGAUUUAUUUGCUGUUUGUUUUCACCAUUCCAAACUGCGAGAAGCCACGGUUCAAGAAUUGGUUCCCGAUGACCUUCUUCAUGUGCAUCGUUUGGAUCGGCUCACUGUCGUAUGUGGUCGCUUGGAUGAUUACAAUCAUUGGUGACACGCUCAAAAUACCCGAUUCGGUUAUGGGAAUCACCUUUUUGGCGGCAGGAACAAGCGUUCCAGAAGCGGUUUCUAGCGUAAUAGUCGCUAAGCAGGGGCAUGGUUCCAUGGGAAUCAGCAACUCGAUCGGAUCGAACACGUUUGACAUCCUGCUGUGUUUGGGGCUGCCAUGGUUCAUCAAAGCUGCUUUCUCACCGAUCGAACCGGGUCAUCAUUGGGUGGGCAUCAAUUCGGCUGGUUUGGAAUACUCGGCCAUUUCGUUACUGUCGACGCUGCUGUUGCUGUACAUUGCAUUUUGGCUGAAUAAGUUCAAACUAAACCGGCGAGUGGGCAACACUUGUCUGAUAAUGUACGCCAUGUUUUUGAUCAUGGCCAGUCUGAUCGAAUUGAACGUAUUCUUCCCAGUUAACCUACCCACCUGUGUGCGGUGAACGGAGUGUUCGAAAUCAUGCAAUCAUAUGCAGCAUUAAGUGAACCGUUUAUCUUCAUACCUAGAAAAACUCAAAGAAGGAGAAAAGCGUGGACUUCAUUUUGGAUCAAAAUAAUCUGUCAAAAGCGGAUUCAAUCGAUGAACUGCCUAUCAUGAUAUCGGGGUAACAAUGCAAAAAAUAAUGUUUUGUUCGCUUAUCUCUAGCUAUGAGUUUUACUAGUUGUACCCGGCUCACUGCAGUGCGUAUUUCGAAGUGAUCUGAUAAAGCGAGGUUGUUUCAUUUGUUAGCAUGUGUUAAAAAAACGGUCGGUCGUCACACGAUCGAACCGGUGAACACAUUGCUUUUGUUGUUCUGCUGUUAUUGAUGCGGUGCAGGACUCGGUUUGGGACGACGCCUCGCUGAUUAGUCGAAUAAAUCGUAUGUUGAUAAGAAUGACACUAGGACGUAGGGUAGAGCGAAGCCUCGCAAUGAUUAACAUUGCUUUUGGAUAGCAGGAUUAUGAGUUUGCGAAUGGAUAAAAUAAAACUAACAUCAUUUGACUUAAAGCCAAUUGUAAACUCGAAACCAUAGACCAAAAAAGCAUACCAAACAUUUGAUGGCUUAGGAAUACAUAUUGUAAAUCAAUUAAAGUAACAUUUACCGUAACAAACGUUUAAUUUUUCUAGUUUAAGUUGUAGCCAAAGAUAAAAAACACGGUUAGAAAAUGAAUGUGAAAUCAAUUAAAAGAGAUGAUAUUUUUAGAUUUAAAACGAGUGACAUACAUUCCCUUCCUCAGUAUUGUAAAUAUUUGUGUAUUUUUGAAGAAAUGUGCAUUAACUGCUAGAAUAAAUAAAAAAAUACAGUGUUAACGCUA